AUGUCUUCGUCCGGAUAUCACUUCCCGUACAUCGCGUACGACAUUCAGGAACAGCUGAUGGACGCCAUGUAUGGAGCGCUGGACGAGCAGAAGAUGGCAAUCCUCGAGAGCCCCACCGGAACCGGGAAGUCGUUGAGCAUAAUCUGCGCCACCAUUAAGUGGAUCCAUGACUUCCACGACAAACAAUUGGAUACACUUUCGCGUCAACUCAAGCGAUGCGAUGAAGAGAUCCAACGACUGGACGCCGAGAGUAAAGUGAGCUCCGAUUGGAUUGAAUUGCAGGACAAGAAGUCGUCGGUUUGUCGUCAGAAGGAAGUGAUUGUCAAACAAUUGACAGCUUUUGAAGCGAAGGACAAACGAAACAAAUCACUUCUCGACCGAAGAAAUAACUCAAUUGUUAGACAAAAGUUUGUAUUAAAGCACAAGAAUGUGACCAAAAAGUUGAAGAAAAGUGACACAAACGGUGACCAGGAAUUGGAUCCAUUGAGUGGCGAUGGAGUGGACGAAGACUUUGUGGACUAUUGUAGUGACGAUGAAGUGGUGGACGAGAAGAGCAGUGAAGUGGGCGACGGGUUUGUGGCGCCGAAGAUGUAUUACUGCAGUCGCACUCAUUCACAACUCUCACAAUUCAUACGNAUAAUCUGCGCCACCAUUAAGUGGAUCCAUGACUUCCACGACAAACAAUUGGAUACACUUUCGCGUCAACUCAAGCGAUGCGAUGAAGAGAUCCAACGACUGGACGCCGAGAGUAAAGUGAGCUCCGAUUGGAUUGAAUUGCAGGACAAGAAGUCGUCGGUUUGUCGUCAGAAGGAAGUGAUUGUCAAACAAUUGACAGCUUUUGAAGCGAAGGACAAACGAAACAAAUUACUUCUCGACCGAAGAAAUAACUCAAUUGUUAGACAAAAGUUUGUAUUAAAGCACAAGAAUGUGACCAAAAAGGCGAAGACAAGUGACACAAACGGUGACCAAGAAUUGGAUCCAUUGAGUGGCGAUGGAGUGGACGAAGACUUUGUGGACUAUUGUAGUGACGAUGAAGUGGUGGACGAGAAGAGCAGUGAAGUGGGCGACGGGUUUGUGGCGCCGAAGAUGUAUUACUGCAGUCGCACUCAUUCACAACUCUCACAAUUCAUACGUGAGAUCCAGAAGACGGCGUACUCUCGAGAGGAGACACCUCUUCGGUUGGUUCCGUUGGGCUCCAGAAGUAAUUACUGUAUUAACGAACGGGUCUUACGACUCAAUAAUAAUAAUCUGAUUAACGAAAAGUGCAUUGAAUUACAAAAUUCAAGUAAUAGUCAAUUAAAGUGUCAAAUGUUUAAACACAAUGUGAUUAAUGAACUCAGAGAUGAGGUCUUAGCCGAUGUGUUGGACAUCGAAGACAUCACCAAAUUAGGCAAAGGGAUCAAAGCGUGUCCUUAUUAUAGCACACGAUUGGCUAUUCCUGAGGCCGAGAUUGUUAUCCUUCCGUACAAUAUAUUACUCCAUUCGGCGACUCGAGAGUCGUAUGGAAUCAAUCUUAAGGGAAGUGUUGUGGUGAUAGACGAGGCGCACAAUCUCAUGGAAACCAUCCAUAAUAUCCACUCCAUUGAACUGAAGGGCUCGCAUAUCAUCGACACUCUCUCACAACUCAAUGCAUACCUCAUGAGAUAUAAGAGCCGUUUAAGUGCCAGAAAUACAAUGCAUAUCAAACAGAUUGCGUUCAUUUUGAAUGAGUUUAUUAAACAUUUCAAAGCGAGCGCUCAAAUCGGUGGUCACAAUGUGUCCGAAAGAGUCGAGUUUCUCAUUCGGCUUGGGAUCGAAAAUUUGAAUUUAUAUCAAAUUCUCGAUUAUUGCCAAAAGAGUCAAAUCGCGCGAAAACUCUUUGGAUUUUCCAAAAGAAAAAAUUGCGUUAAAAUUGAUGAGAAAAGCGAGAAGAAAGCGAACGGAACGACAGCUUUCUUAGCGAAAAUGAAAGGCAAGUCUAUUGAAGUGCAAGCAAUCGCUUCCAAUGAUUCGGCCGCUGAUGAAGAAACCAAAAUAUUUGGCUCUCCUUUAUAUAUAAUCAUAGAAUUUCUCAAAGCAUUGAUUGAUUCGAAAGCAAACGCAAAGAUUAUAACAAAUUUUGAUACAAAUUCUCUACGAAAUUCUUGCGUUAAAUAUAUUUUAUUGAAUCCAUUUUCUCAAUUCAAAGACAUUGUCAGCGAAUGUCGUUCUGUUGUCCUCUGCGGCGGAACAAUGAAACCGUUUGAUGAAUAUAUUGACCACUUAUUCAAGCCUUUGGGCAUCACUUCUGAACGGUUGGUAACAUUUUCGUGCGGACACGUGAUUCCUGACUCUAACCUAUCAGCUAUAUGUCUUGGAAUGGGACCAAAUGGAAGGCAACUUAACUAUACAUUUCAAAACCGAACCAACACUUCAAUGAUUGAGGAAACGGGCAAAACCAUUGCCAACAUGUGUGCUGUCAUUCCGGACGGAAUUGUUUGCUUUUUCCCGUCUUAUGAUUUCGAAGACAAUUACUAUAAAGUGUGGCAAAAAUCAGGAAUCAUCAAAAGUAUUGAAGCCAAAGGAAAGACUGUGUUUCGGGAGCCCAGGAAGUCAUCGAUGGUUCAGACAAUUCUCGGUGACUAUAACCGUGCAAUUACACCAGUGUUGUUUUUUCCUCGCUAUGAAUACACACAGCAGCCGCCGUUUUACUCACUUCCUUAG